AUGUCGUACCCAGGAGCAAACUACCACGCUCACAAGCAGCAGCACUACCAGCAGAACCAGGGCUACGCCCCGCCGCCUGGACCGCCUCAGGGCUACGGGUACGGAGGAGACAGCUAUGGAGGAGGUGGCUACGGCGGCGGUCCGGGUGGCUACGCUCCUCCCCCCGGUCCGCCGCCCGGCCAGUACGGCGGAGGAGGAUACGACGAGUAUCGAGGCCAGGGAGGGUACAACACGGGCUACACGAGUCCUCCCCCUUCGGACUACAACCAGGGCAUGCCGCACCCGCACCACGACCAGUACCAGUACAACGCUCCUCCCGAGUUUGGCGGACAGAACUCGUAUGCUCAGCAGUACGGCGCUCCGCUCGGCCCGCCGCCGACGCACUACGGCGCGCAGGAGCAGCAGUACAACGUUCCCUCGCAGUACCAAGGCGGCCAGUUCGCCAUGCACAGCACGCCGACCGGCGAUCAGAGCCAGUACUACUCAAACUUGUCGGGCAGGAGGAAGGCUUUGUGCAUCGGAAUCAACUACACCGGCACGCGCAACCAGCUGAACGGCUGCCACAACGACGCCCGCAACAUGGCCAAAUUCUUGUGCGAGCGAUACAACUACAAGGAGGAGGACAUCGUCAUGCUGCUCGACACGCCCGACGCGACGCAGAUGAGCUUGCCGACACGUGCGAACAUCAUUCGCGGCAUGCAGUGGCUCGUCAAGGACGCGCGGCCGAACGAUGCGCUCUUCUUCCAUUACUCGGGCCACGGCGGGCAGCAAGAAGCGACGGAAGGCGACGAGGAGGACGGCUACGACGAAAACAUUUACCCUCUCGACCACGAAGUCGCCGGCACGAUCGUCGACAACGACAUGCAUCGCUUGCUCGUCACGCCCCUCCCGCAGGGUUGCAGGUUGACCGCCAUCUUUGACUGCUGCCACUCUGGCUCCGCGCUUGACCUGCCGUACAUGUACUCGACCAAGGGCGUGCUGAAAGAGCCCAACAUGCUCAUGGACGCCGGCUCGGGCGCACUUGGCGCCGCGACGUCGUAUAUGCGCGGCGACUUGGGCGGCGUCUUCAAGAGCGUCAUGGGAGUCGGCAAGCGCAUCAUGAACGGUGACAAGGCCACCGAGUACAUGAAGCAGACGCGCUCGAGCAAUGCGGACGUCAUCAGCUGGAGUGGGUGCAAGGAUACACAAACGUCAGCCGACACGAGCAUGCAGGGACAGCCAACUGGGGCGAUGAGUUACGCGUUUAUCACUGCCCUCACCAAGUACCCGCAGCAGAACUACCUUCAGCUGCUCAAUACGGUUCGCGACGAGUUACAGGGCAAGUACUCGCAGAAGCCGCAGCUCGCUUGCUCGCACCCGCUCGACCUCAACCUUCUCUUCGUCUGCUAG